AGAAAGUAAGGCAUCAUUGCUUCUAUGCUUCUUUUCAUAGAAAAGAGAAAGAGUGCCAGAGAAAAAGAGAGAAUUGCAGAUUAAUUUAAAAAUAAAUCUGAACAGGAGAUAAUGGGGGGUCUCAUGCUACUCCAGAAAAUUGGUCUUAUCUUCCUUCUCAUAUCUGCAUCCCUUUUCUCAACUUCACUUGCAGGUCGACAGUCCGUAUUUUCAAGUGACUUUGAGCAGAAAGAGCUUGGUGCAACUCAUGAUGAGGAGGAGCAAUUACGCCAUGAAAGGGUUCUUAAAGUGAACACAAAGGAUUAUGGGAGAUAUGAUCCAACGCCUGCUUUAUCCAAACCUCCUUUCAAGCUCAUACCAAAUUAAUCAUGUGAUUUCGAUAUGGGUUUGUGGAGACCCCAAUAUGAGUUGAAUAAGAUGAAUCAUCCUAGUGUACUACGUAUGUGUUAUGCUAUGUAUGUUUUCAGCUUUAUAUAUAGUACUGUAAGAUAUACCUAUCCUUGUAAACUAUGCUUAUAUUUUUGCAUGAGUACUGGAUUUAGUUUCUUGUCUGUAA